GCAAGGGAGCCAUGAAGUCAGGAAUAGAAAAGACAGAAACGCCUCUGACUCUUUUCCAAAAGGUGGUCCAUGAGGUGACUCACAAUGAGGAGAUAAGCCACCAGAUAAGGCAAGGUCGGCACGUUGGCCUCUACCAGCUGCGGGGAGAAAUUGGCCGAGGAAACUUUUCACACGUCAAGAUGGGAGUUCAUGUUCUCUUGAAAGAAAAGGUUGCUGUUAAGAUCCUGGACAAGACCCGUUUAGAUAAGAAGUCCCAAAGUUUUUUUUCUUCUGAGAUCUCCUGCAUGGAACAGCUGUGCCAUCCGAAUAUCAUCCGACUGUAUGAGGUCCUGGAAUCUCCUAGCCAUCUCUAUCUGGUGAUGGAGUACGCUGGCGGAGGAGAGCUGUUCACUAAGGUCUUCACUAAGGGGCGCCUUUCUGAGCCGGAAAGUAAACUCGUCUUCACUCAGGUCGUCUCGGCUGUCAAGCACAUGCAUGACAACAACAUCGUUCACAGGGACCUGAAGGCGGAGAACAUUUUUUACACGACAUCCCACAACGUGAAGGUUGGCGAUUUCGGCUUCAGCGCGGUCUCGGGAGCCAAUGACCUCCUGCACACUUUCUGCGGCUCCCCACCUUACUCCGCCCCAGAACUGUUUCGUGACAAGGGCUACGUGGGGAGGUACGUGGAUAUCUGGGCCUUGGGCAUCUUGCUCUACUUCAUGGUCACGGCAACCAUGCCCUUCCACGCGGAGAAGUUAGGCGGGCUGAAAUGUUGCAUACUGCAGGGUUCCUACAGUAUCCCCUCGUAUGUCUCCGAGAAGUGUCAAAGGGUGAUUAAAGGUUUGCUCAGGCCCGUCCCCGCUGACCGCUUCUCCGUGGCUCAGAUCUGCAGCAGUGUCUGGCUAAAAGGAGUUGAAUUUCCCAAACUGUACAAACGCUUUGAGCUUAACCCCGCACACCAGCUGGACUGCCAGCCCCUGACAGCAGAGGAGCAGAUUGUGAAAAGUGUGUUAGUGGACAUGGGAAUAACAGAAUCCCACAUGGAGAAUAAUAACUACAGUGGCUCCCGUGGUGCAGUCACAGGGAUCUCCCGUAUCCUGAUUCACCGUUUAGAGAAACGGAGAUCUGCUGAGGUGCUCAGUUCUUCAGCUAACUCUUUGAAAAAGUUCUCGACCAGGGCAUCCUGGGCCAGAAAUGUGUCUGCAGACGGGCAAACCGCUUCAGCCAUUUGUGUUAUCCUGUGACUGGGAACCACCACUUCAGCGAGUUAUAUACUUCCCUGAACUACACAAAGGCUUUGAAACCCUGGGAAUAAGUUUC